CAGCCCGAGGAGGAGCAGCCUGAGGAAGAGGAGGAGGAAGCGACGGAGCCCACGAAGCCACCUGAGGAGCCAGAGGAGGAGCGUCCCAGGCCCCGGCCCAUGGUGCCCCAGCUGGCCCCCCCCAAGAUCCCCGAGGGCGAGCGGGUCGACUUCGAUGACAUCCACCGGAAGCGCAUGGAGAAGGACCUGCUGGAGCUGCAGACCCUCAUCGACGCCCACUUCGAGCAGCGCCGGCGCGAGGAGGAGGAGCUGGUGGCCCUCAUGGAGCGCAUCGAACGCCGCCGGGCCGAGCGCAACGAGCAGCUGCGGAGCCGCACGGAGAAGGAGCGCGAGCGGCAGGCGCGGCUGGCGGAGGAGAAGAUGAGGAAGGAGGAGGAGGAGGCCAAGAAACGGGCCGAGGACGACGCCAAGAAGAAGAAAGUUCUCUCCAACAUGCCCCACUUCGGCGGGUACCUGGCCAAGGCGGAGCAGCGUCGCGGCAAGCGGCAGACGGGCCGCGAGAUGAAGCUGCGGAUCCUGGCCGAGCGCAAGCGGCCGCUGCACGUGGAGCAGCUGCGCGAGGACGAGCUCAGGGCCAAGGCCAAGGAGCUGCACGACUGGAUCCAGCAGCUGGAGUCGGAGAAGUUCGACCUCAUGGAGAAGCUGCGGAGGCAGAAAUACGAGAUCAACGUGCUCUACAACCGCAUCAGCCACGCGCAGAAAUUCAAGAAGGUGGUGGGGAAGGGCCGCGUCGGGGGCCGCUGGAAGUGACGGGGCGCUGCCGCCCCCAAUAAACCUCCUCUCUGAA